AUGGCAUCCGUCAAGUCUCUCGUCGCAGUAGCUGCGGCCAUGGGUGCAGCUCUGCUGCCAGCAGUUGCAGGUCAAUGCGCCGACCUGACGCCCGUCUCGCAACCCCAGCUGGCUCCCGGCUACUCGGCGAAACUCAUCUUGAACCAGCUCAGCGACCCUCGCAGCCUUCAGUUUGACAGCCUCGGAAACCUGCUCAUCGUCGAACAAGGCGGCACUGGUAUUCGAUACGUCAAGCUCACAGACAACGGCGGGGUAAAUGUCUGCGUGGCUUCCCAGAAGCAGCUCGUUCCCAAUGGAAACCUUACACAUGGAAUUGCCCUCUCAGCCAACGGCAAGACUCUCUAUGCGUCGACGGCCACGGAUGUGUUGGCCUAUCCCUACGACGCCGCAGCUGGCAUCGUCGGACAAGCCCGCUCCAUCAUCAAUGACAUGGCACAGUCCGGAUACCAUCAAACCCGUACUCUGCUGAUUCCCAAGGACAAGCCGAACGUACUGCUCGUUUCCCGCGGAUCAGCCCCGAACCUCGACCUUCCGACGGCCGAGGCCUCAUCCGGCCGCAGCCAGAUUCGGGCCUUUGACUUGAAUAAGCUUACAGGCAGCCCUGUCCCAUACACUUCUGGCGAAGUCUUUGGAUGGGGAUUGCGUAACAGCGUCGGUGUUGGAGAGAACCCCAAGGACGGCGGCAUCUGGUCGGUCGAAAACUCUCUGGACGACAUGGAGCGCAGCGGCGUGGAUGUCCAUAACGAGAACCCCGGCGAGGAACUAAACUACCACGGCAGCUACAAGGCAGCGAGCAAUCCAUCGAAGGGAGCCAACUACGGCUACCCCAACUGCUUUGCUGUCUGGGAGACCAGCACGAUUACCGGCGUGCCAAACGUCCAAGUGGGAAGUCAAGUGAUUCAGGGAAGCCCGUCAGGCAAUGUUACAGACCAGUAUUGCCAGACGGUACCCGUUGCGCCGCGUCUUACCUUCACUGCCCACACGGCGCCUCUGGACAUCAAAUUCCACCCUAACGGAGGAUCCGCUUACAUAUCCUUCCACGGCAGCUGGAACCGACAGCCGCCCGAUGGCUACCGUCUGAGCAAGGUCGAGUUUGGUGCUAACGGACAGCCCACUGCUGCGUCAACCAGCAAGUCUGCCGAGAUCAAGGUUGCGUGGAACAGCGACAACGCUGUCUGCCCUGGGAGCUGCUUCCGGCCCGUAGGGCUUGCUUGGGACAAAAAGGAAAGGUUGUUCAUGGUCAGCGACUCUACGGGCGAGCUCUUCGUCCUCACGGUGCCUGCUUAG